AUGGCAAAAACCUUUAGAGAAACAUUGGUUUCUUCUAAAGGAGCUGAUAUUCAUGUCGUUCCUCCUUUGAUCGCUAGACUUACACGUCAAGUAGAUAAUACCCAGCAGUUUAUUGGUGGUGAUGACUCCCUGGCCCUUACCACCCAGCAAGUUAGUGUUUCAGCAACAAACACAGAAACAAAUUACUAUCGCAAAAACGUUGCAACAGCAGGGUCAAUUGUGCACUGUGACUCUGAAGGCCAUUCUAAUUUACCUCGUUCAGUUUCUUGGAGACUCUUUGAAAAUGCGACCGUUAUUGAAUUUGAACCUGUCGACCUUAACUAUAAAGGAAGCUACCGUUUCCGGACCAUUAAAAUCGUAUCCCCCACACCAGUAUUUGAGAACUGUAUCUCUGUUUCUUACAAUCAUGCUCUUUAUAAAAUUGUCAUUGACUUUGUGUCGAGAGAUUGGUCUUAUUAUACCGUCGCUAUUCCUCUUUCAGAAUUCGUCUUCAAUUCAGCAAAGUCCAUGUCUGAUGCUGGCACCUCACUGACUGAAAAAAAUGCAGCCAACUGGCACAAAAUUUCAACAGUUUUCCCGUUUGAUUUAAAGAAUCCUCAUUUAAUUCAUGCCAUCAGCUCAAAUCUUUUGAUUAUUUCACUAAAAAAUGGCACUUUAAUGAAGGUCUACCGCCCUGCCCCGCUUCAAGAUUUUUACUGGGAUAUAAUCACUGAUCCUACCUCCAAUGCAAUUUCGAGAUUAUGGCGCGGCCAAUCCGACAAAUGUCCUUCUGAUCCUAGUAUAUCCAUCCGCACUGCUAUUUCUAUAGCUUCUUAUGGAGACUUUCUGCUCACAGUUUCUAUCAAUAGCAAGCUGAGAGUCUGGUGUCUUUCCACGUCUCAACUUUUAUACGAAGAAACUUUGGCCUCCGAAAACAGUCCACUUUUAGGUCCUGCUCCAUCCAAUAUUUUAAGCAUUGUGGCUCCUAGUCACGAAGAUGACCAGUUUUAUUUCUUGACAUAUACUCCAGAAUCUGUACAGGUUUGGAGUGUAUUGAUUGUCACUAUUGGCGAAGAAAUCGCCUUGACGGUUUCCAGCUUGGGCGAAAAGUACCAUAUUGAGCCCUUGAUUCCGGACGAUACGUCGACCUGGCUCGUCAACUCGUUCCACGUCACCAAACAACAAGAUGUAUUUUCAAUCACCACUUUGCUCAAGAGCAACACUAGUUCAGCUAUUCACAAAGUGCAACUUCCCGUUUCUGGGCCCUGGCAGGUGGCUGUUCUUGACGACCCCGUUGAUGGGAAAUAUUUGCAAGCAUCAGCCUCACAAGCCACAACACACACCGAUGGAUAUGUCAGAUGGCUUUUUGGGCCUAGUGGAUACUCUCCAGCAACUAUUGAAGCAGCGCUUGAAAUUUACGGCACGCAUUAUGCAAUAAACAAAACUCAGACUGAAGAGAAUUCCCCUCUGCGUGAGAGGGUGUGCCGUACAGUUGGCUCCACUGUCAGCAUUACUUACAACUCCAAAGCUGAACCUAAUUACCGAAAAUAUCAAGAUAGUCUGGAUCAGGAAUGGGAGCGGUUUGAUCGGCUGUGCAGCGAGAUGGAACGAUUAGGAAAUGAAGUUCUGUCCAUGACAUGGGAUCCGGUAGCUGCCACUUUUUGGGUCACCAAGGCUUCCUUUACAACUAUUCUUCGACCAGCUCUGCCGGUGGAACUCAUUUAUCAUAAUAAAACGUCUGAGCCUAGCAACAAGCUUGUGGACAUUAUUACCGAACAACUCAAAUCCAUUAGCGGGCUUCAUGCAUCACAGCUAUUGAAGCUUGUGGAUGUGCUUUAUUCCUAUCGCACUUCACUUUCACAUUCUCACUAUGGCACAUUUAUCACUACUUUUAACGAGGAUUUCCACCGACGUCCCCACUUUUCUACCUUUGAGCGUAUUUCGCAUAUUAGAUCUACGCUGAUUGAUGCAGCGGCAUCUCGCGAAACUCUAUUAGCGCUGUUUCAGUCUAUUAAUGAAGCUACUGGUGAUUUGUUUUACCAAUAUCUUGAGUUAAUUUAUCAGUGCCUUACCAGCCCUGCUCCUGCACACAAAUCUGUUCCCAAUGUUGGAGUUUCCAUCUCAGGUGCUGUUCUUCUUUCUUCGGCUCUUCAUGAGGCCUCUUUUACAGCAAGAACCAUUGUUGGUGAUGUACUAAUUGGUCUUGUUGCUACCCUACCACUAGGGGAGUUUGAUGUCGACAAACAUACUCAAAUGUAUAGUAAAUACCUUAACCUUUUAAAUUCUUUAGAGGCUAUUGAUGGAUUACUUCAUGUGCCGCAGCAGCCACAACCACAACAACAGCAAUCUGAAACAAAGCAAAUUACAUUUGGAGAAUCAGCACAACUGCCACUGACGUUUUUCGAACAAUUGCUUUUGAAACGGCAGUCAGAACUGUUACUGACAAGCUCUUCAUUCCCCAAUGUCUUAAUGCUUCUGUGGUCGCGGCUUAAUGUCACUUGUGAGCCCACUGCAGUGGCCCAAAUUAUUGCCGAGCUGCUUGUUUCAAAUAACGACAUUAUUGCCAAUGAGUUUGCAACACGCCAUCUUCCUCGAGACAGUUUUUCCAAGUUUAUUUCCGCACAUGUAUAUCUCAGGAGUGAUGAAGCAGAAAAGGCUGUGGAUCAGUUUAAAAUUGCAGCUAUUGAGCUCAGCACCAGAAAACUUUCUCGUGAAGAGAUAGCUGUAAUCAAAACACUUCCUUUUACCGCAUGGAAAAAGGAUACAUCUUUUGGUAAUGGCUUGUCUCGUUACUUUGGGGAUGCUUCAAAAACACUUGGCCUCUGGGGUGCGCACUCUGUGAGAGCGUUACAGCUUGCAAAGCUUGCACGCACCAAUCUGUACGAUCCUAUUUCCGACAUUGAUGGAAUUUCAAGUGACGAGGUUAUCUCUCUUAACGAGGAGAUUCAAAAUACGCUUUUUAAAUUUGCAAUUGAGGCAGCGUCUUUGGACGACGCGUACUCUGCGCUGAUAGAAAUUGACAUGCUCAACAAGUUUAGUGAUGAAACCGGUCAGCCGUUUGCUACAGAAACUUUGAUUUUGCCAUAUAUUGAUAAGAUUUGUACUCUAGCAACACGAUUAGGUAAAGUUGACCGCCUGGCACAAUACCCAUUCAUUGGACUGAAGGAUCUGGUGACGGAGUACUUUAAAACAAAGGCCAAAGAAAGUCUAGACGAGGCUAUCUCUGGUGGACCCAUCCAAAAGGACGCAUUUGUCUUUUACCACACUCUGUAUUCGUGGAACGUGGAGCAUCAAGAUUUGCGUGGGGCUGCGGCUGCAUUACUCAUGAAAAUUCAGCACCUAAAAGCUCAGGGACUUUCUGAUCGAACCCCUAUUUCAGACACAUAUGUCAUGCUUAUUAAUGUUCUUUCUGGGCUUCGCGAGUCUGAACAAUGGAUUCUUGGAGACGUUAUUUCUUCGACAGGUCUUGUUAGAGUUGCACUUUGGCUGAGGGACAUUCGUGCUGAAUACUCGGACUUUAUUGCUGAAGGAACACGCGAAAUUGAAAAUGGGCAACAGCAACAGCAGCAACAACAACGUCAAGUGGCUGCCUAA